AACCGGUCGCUGCUCAUGCUCACGCUUUUCUUUUGCUUGUGCUACCUGGCCUCGGCUCUACAACGUCAUGCUCGCUUGUGCGUGUUGCGUUCUUUCAAGCAUAUCAAUAAUAACCUGCGAGCCGUAGGAAACGGUGAAGUCUUUUCGACGCAGCACGGCGUUCACUCAUGGCCGUCCUGGGCCAGUGUCUUGCGUUCACAGCGUCAGGCUACAUGGGGCGUUCGGUUGUGCCAUUGCAAAACCGCGGGGGGAGGGAGGGGGCACAGGGAGGCACGGGGAAGUGCCACACGUGGGGUGCCACCGUGGGGUGCCACGCUGCUGUCGGUCUGGCCAGUUACUUCUAGACGAAAUUUGCUUCACUAGUAUGCUUAAGUCAGUUAAAUGCAGGGAUACACGAUGGCACUACCACGAGAGCUCCCGGUCGUUGUUGUAUGCGUUUCCUUACUGCUCGACUCGCUCGCCUCAGCGGUCGCCUCGGCGAACGAGCAGACGCUGCCACCACCAGCUCUGCCCCACGUCGCUGCACCUUUAAAUUCAAUAUCUCCCUGGAACAUACAUACGGAGGACUGGGAGCAGUUCUUGCGAGACAACUUGGAGGCAGACCUGAAGCCCUGGCGCGCGAGGGUGCCGCUCACCUCAUCAGAGAUUCCCAAGUUGUUGCUGUAUUACCAUAAUGAGGUCAAGCUGGCUCCUCACAUUCUGGUGCUGCUACUGGUGUACAACAACCGCCUGUACUGGAUAACGCACCCGGACGGGCGAGCGCAGCUAGAGCUGCCGGAACGCGCCAGCCAGUACAUGCACCAACUAGACCGGCACCUGGGCAAGGUGCUGCGGGCUGGGCGGCUGCAGCUUCCCAAUGUGCUCUUCAUCUACAACACUGAUGACAACGCGUUGCGGAUCGGCAACCCCAACCGCAACAUCACGGUCCCACCCUUCAGCCUGUGCAAGUCACAGGGCUUCUUUCACGGUGAUGACCUCGACAUCCUGGUUCCGCAGAUGAUCGCCAUCCCGGAUGCGUUGCACAUUGUGCCGUGGCACCUCAAGAAGGACCUGGCCUUCUUCCGCGGUGUGCCGAGCUGCUCCCGCAUGUGGGAGCACACUUACAAGCGCGAGGAGGCGUGUUCCCGCAUGCACCUGGCGUACCUGUCGGAACGGGACCGGCGCGCGGGCAACGCCACAGCACUGGAUGUGGGGCUGGCCGACGAGUACAAGGUGGUGGGCGAGAAAAAGUCCACGCCUUACGAGCUGCCCAAGUAUGACCGGGUGCCACUCGAGACGCAUGCACACUACAAGUGGCUCCUCAAUCUUGAGGGCAUGGUUGCUGCAUACCGCAUGGGCCAGCUUCUAGCCACGAACUCACUGGUCCUGCACCAGCGCUCGAUCUACAUAGAGUACUUUUACAGGUCUCUGCGGCCCUGGGUUCACUACGUGCCGUUUUGGAACGCCACGGGGCCUGGCGGCGAGCCGGCGAUGGAUGACGUAUACGGCGUGUUGGAGGACGUACGGCGGCUGGAUCGAGAACAGCCCGUACGGGUACAACAGAUCAUAGCUAACGGCCAGGCAGUGGCAAAGCUCCUGGGCUUGCAGAUGCGACUCGAAUACUACAGAGUGGCGCUGGAAAGAUAUAAGAGCCUGUUUCCGGACAUGGACCAAUACCUGGACUCCUAUGUUCAAGAGCUCCGGAAGCGAGGGUCCGACAUCUGAUGAGAGCUGUAAACCUGGGUUGCG